AUACAACUAAACGAUUGUAUUGAUCCAACCGUAAACACCACAUCAGGUUUGGUUAAAGGACUCGACAUACAUGUGCUCAACACAAGUAUUGCACAGUAUCUGAACAUACCGUACGCCGAACCGCCACUCGGGAGACUCCGGUUCGCAAAACCCGAACCAUUGAAACAUCCAAAACAGUUAAUUGAUGGGACAAAAACUGGGAACAGUUGUUGGCAGUCAGUACUCAAUGAUACGAUGUAUAAAGAUUUUUUUGGUAAUCUAACCAAAAAUGAGGACUGUUUGGUAUUAAACGUUUGGUCGCCAAACAAUGAUAAUAAAACACCUGAUAUAUUAAAACCGGUAAUGUUUUGGAUUCACGGGGGCGGCCUAUUAUAUGGAUCAAGUUUUCAAAAACAAUAUAACGGCAGUGCACUGGCAGCACAUGAUAUAGUGGUUGUGUCAAUUAAUUACCGAUUGAGUUGGUUUGGCUUUCUUUUUGGUGAUAAUGUGUCAGCACCGGGAAAUGUCGGUCUAUUUGAUCAAGUGCUGGCACUUGAAUGGGUUAGAGAUAAUAUACAUAGAUUUGGUGGUCAUAAGGAUCAGAUUACAAUAUUUGGUGAAAGUGCUGGCAGUUGGUCGGUAUCGACACUACUAUUGUCACCCUAUGCUAAAGGUUUAUACAAAAGAGCUAUUAUGGAAAGUGGUGCUGAAUUUUUUAACAAAUUAAAAGCACCGAUAGAUAAAACUUCUACACUCACUGAGUGCAAACAAUUAGCCAGGUAUUUUAAUUGUAGUGAAAAUCAUUGGUUGGACUGUUUGCGUAAAGUAGAUGCCGAAGACAUCAUAGAUGCCGACGACUCAAAUCUAACUGUAUAUGUGGGCAAUAAAACCGGUACACAUGAUCUACUAUGGGCUGAGUUUGAUGUUUUUGGUGACUUAAUGAUGGCGUGUCCAACCUAUCAAUUUGCUAAAAACUAUGCUCAACAUACUAGUGCUGAGCACAGUAAUGUGUACUUUUAUGAGAUUACCUAUCAUCGGACGUAUUCAAAAGGAGAUCCGUUAGAGUAUUUUGAUGUCAGUCACGGAGCAGAUCUGCCGUUUGUGUUUGGCUUACCAUUGAUUGAUCCGCAAAAAACUGAUACCGAAAAUGAUAUUAAAUUUACUCGAGAUGUCAUGAAAAUGUGGACCAAUUUUGCUAAAUAUGGAAAACCUAACAACAAAUGGCCAAAACUGUUUGACCCAAUUAACCCGAAACGCGUACCUGAAGGUCAGUCAGUACAUGUGCUCAACACAAGUAUCGCACAAUAUCUGAACAUACCGUACGCCGAACCGCCAUUCGGGAGACUCCGGUUCUCUAAACCCGAACCAUUGAAACAUCCAAAACAGUGUCUUAAAACCGGUAAUGUUUUGGAUUCACUUAUUAUGGGUUCUAGUUUUGAAGUGGCAUACAAUGGCAGUGCACUGGCAGCUCAUGAUGUAGUAGUUGUGUCCAUUAAUUACCGGUUGGGUUGGCUUGGAUUUUUAUUUGGCGAUAACGCGUCGGCACCGGGAAAUGUUGGACUGUUUGAUCAAGUUUUGGCACUUCAAUGGGUUAGAGAUAAUAUACAUAAGUUUGGUGGCAAUAAGGACCAGAUCACUAUAUUUGGUGAAUCAGCCGGGAGUUGGUCCGUAUCGACAUUACUGUUGUCACCAAUAGCUAAAGGCUUAUUUAAGAGAGCUAUUAUGCAAAGCGGUUCCCAGUUUUAUAAUAAACUCAGAGCACCAGUAGAUAAAGCUCAAGUGCUAAACCAGAGCAAACAAUUAGCAAAAAAUUUUAAUUGCAGUGAAAGUCAAUGGUUGGACUGUUUGCGUUGAGUCGAUGCCGAGGAUAUCGUCGAUAGUGUAGUCAAUAUAUUUCCAUU